UUCACUGGCAACUCUAUUUCUUCCAUUGAAAAGCAAGUGUGGAGGGAAUACCCAUGGACUGAGUACUUAGUUCUCCAGGGCAAUGAUCUGAGGGCAGUGAAGAGGCAUUCCCUGGAAGGUUUGCUCCUGCUGAAGCACCUGGAUUUAUCCUGCAAUAAAAUCCUGUCGAUUGAAGAACAUGCUUUUGAACCACUUCCUUUCUUGCAGCUUAUAAACCUCAGUGGAAAUCUCAUCAUGCAGAUCCAGAAUGGCACUUUCCAGGCAUGGCAUGGGAUGCAGUUUUUACAGAAUCUGAUCCUAAGCCAUAACCCCCUGUCUGUUAUCAAUGACACAUCAUUCUUUGAGCUGCCUUCAGUCAAAUAUCUAGACCUGGGUGCAACACGAGUGACUCAGCUGACAUUGCUCACACUCCUCCUGACAACAGUCCACUUGGAAAAGCUCAAACUGCCCAGUGAUACAGCCUGCUGCCUCUGCCAGGAGAAACACACCACUGAAACUCCAUGCAGGACCAUCCAGUUCCACUGCGAAGAUCUGUGCACCACCAGCACUCCCCAGUGCGCAGCUCACACAGAUUCUCUGGCAGAGGCACAAGCAGAAGUAAUGAAAGCAGUUCAAUCCAGAAAACUGACCGCCAGCACGGUGUUAAGCCUCAAGCCCAAGAAGCCUUCAUUUGGAGACCAAGAAACCGCAUCGCUUGCAGUUGUCCUGCGCCCAGCUGGCACUGAUGAUCUCAGUAACCCAAAUGAUCACAUUUCCAGAACAAACUCAUAUUCCCCUCAGCACCUCUCCAGGCAGGAAGGCAAAAACGGUAAGGAGCUGAUGCUGCACAGCAUUCAGCACAUGGACUGGACCAGCGAAAGUGAUAAGAGAAAACUCUAUUUCCUAGCGAAAGCACUAGCGGCUGAGCUCAAGAAGAAGCUGCACAUGGUUAAAAGUGUCGUGACUGUGGAAAACACCAUCUCACACCUGCCGACACCUGCCAUGUAUGAGAUCCCAGAGCAAGAGACAGCCUCAGGCUGGGUGCAAAAGCUGCGUGACUUAGGUCUGAACCAUGCGCCAUUAAGCCCAUGGGAAGUAGCUGGGAGGUUAAAUCCCACUGACAACAUCUCUGUCCUCAGACAUCACAAAAGAUCCAUACUUCCUUCAGAACAUUCCUUUUCACUCUCCCCAGCAGAGGCCUCUCAUUUGUCUGGGUCUUUUGAGAUGCAAAAUUACCCCAAUGCUGUGGAACAGACCAAGAAAACUCAUGAUGUGGGGGAUGUGGAGGAUGCAGAAGAUGUAAAGGAAACACCAUCUCCAAGGCAGGGCUAUGUCAGGGCUUACAAAAAGCACAAGCAGCAGGAUAGCCCAUGUCUGAAUAAAAAUAAUCAGCUUUUCUACAAUGUGUUUCAUGACAUGAAUCCAGGAGAACCCACACCAACAAAAAGUAAAGGAGAACAGAGAGAAAACAUUAAACAACCUUUUUCCUCUAACCUGUCAGUUAACAACGGUCACCCCGCUGCAAGCAGCAUGCUGGAGAACAGGGCUGAAAAUGAGGGCUCCUCUGUGGGCGAGCAUUUCCUGGGCACCCAUCAGACCACUAAAACACACUGGAAGCAUCCAAAGGAAGGAUUUGAUUCUCUAAUUAAACGAAGAAGCUCAGACAGCCCAGAUGACACGCUGGUUGAAGGAGACCUCUUUGAAAUCAAGGUCAAGUAUCACCUACGCUUGCUGGUCCCAGACAAAGCCCUGCGGACAUUCAUCGCCCAGGUGGCGCGAGCCCUCAGGAUGGACUGUAGCCUGCCUGAUGUCCAGCCGUCCUGUGCAAAGAUGGUCUCAAAGACAGGGCUGCUCGUAAAGCUGCUCAGCAAGAGGCCAGCUGGGCAGGGAGCCUCCUCUCGCACAGGCUGGUGUCUCCUGCAAGGGAACAUCUCCAUCGGCACGGCCCAGGCUGGUGCAGCAGGCAGGAAACUUUCAGGGAAGUGGAAAGCAGAGCACCGCUCCGGCAAGAAGCUGCUGUUGGCACUAUCGGUGUCUCUCAUCCUCACAAUUAAUCUCACGGUGAUUUGUCUCAUCGAGGUUUGCUCCCAAAAACCUGCAGCUGCUUCCCAACCGCAAACCACCAGUAAAUCACGACCAAGAUGGUUCUUUCAGAAACUCGUGCCGCUUAGAUGGCGCAAGAACAAGUAUGACAUUAGAGAGCAGGGCUCUCGUGGAUCAGAUCGAAGAAAAACCAAACCACAGUGGCUUAUAGACCUGUACAAACCUCUUGACGACCAACUUAAGAAGGCCAUAAUUGAGCUGUAUGAUGAAGAGUCCUCCGAGGAGGAGAUUUUUGGCAAGUCUGAGCUAAACAGGACGUCCACAGCAUCCGAUCUCGUGGAAAUGCAACUGUCUGGAGACCCGACGCCUCCGCUUUGCAACCCCACUGCGCCCCAAAAACCCCUCUCCACUCAGGAGAACGUGCCGGAAGGCCACGCACCAGGGGUGCCCCCGAGCCCAGCCCGGCAGGACGGGAGCAGCGGGGCUGUGAGGAAUGGGGAGCCCUCGUAGGACUCCGGUGGUGGCCGUGGUGCGGCGCC